GUGUAACGCGUACAUGGAACUGUGUCGUGUAACUGAAAAAGUUUAUUAUUCUCAGCAGGAUAUAGCGUCGCGCGUGCUCCGUGUGCGAUUGUUGUCGUUACGGCGAGGUGCUGUCCGGCCGCGGCGAGACCCGGGUACACGCGGCGAGAGUACCGCGCGCGGCCGAAAAUUCCCAGGAGGAAAACACGGGGUGGCGAAAACCGCGUUCGCCGAGGGCAGAGUCGAGCGACGGGUGUACGGUGCAAGCGCAAGUGUUAGUGAGUGUAACGACAUUAGGGACGCUUUUACGGGGAAGUCGUUGUCCCGAUGGAUGUCGCACGUGCUAAGGUAUGCUGUGCUGACAUUACGCAUUAGACGCGGUUGACGAGCAUUUACAAGAAUGUUUACGAGUUACUUCCUGGAUCUGGGAUAAUACGGAUAAUGCGAGCGAGAUACCUUACCUUAGACAAGGUGACACUCUGCGUAUUCAUUUCUGUGUGCACACCUGGAUGUACUGUCAUGGACAAGUGUAACUUUGCUACAUUUAUAAAUGGGUGGGAUCUUGCGACAAGUGUACUUUAGAUAUAAGUCAGGAUAUGUGCACAAUGAGAUUGAGCAGUUAUUCUUCAAUGGAUAAAGUAGUCCGGGCAGGAACUACUUUCUGUGCGCAACAGAGCGAUGUGUGUAACGACCAGGCGCAAUUAGCAUUUUCGCAUGAACUUUAGAAGAGCGACGCACACCUUCACGGUAGAAAAGUGGAUACAGGUACUUUGAGGAGUCGUGAGAGAAAGAGAGAGAGAGUGCUGUCUGAGUGUUAGGAGAAACACGAAAUUAUAUGCAUGACAGGAACAGGAGACGUAGGUCGCAGACGCGUUGAGUGGCGCCGAAACGCAAACACUGCUUUUAUCCAAACUUUGGAAAGUUUAGUGGAAAGAACAAAAUAAGCUGGAAAGGUAGCUAGACGCUGCCCGUAGUAAAGAGGGGCUGCGUGGGCAUGCAGCAGCCUCAGUCACGCCCUCUCCUUGGGGACUCAGUAUCCUCUACAACUUCCCCGAAUGCACGUCGUAAUAGUUCAGUUGCCGUUUUGACCCAGCAACAACUGCAGCAACUACAGCUACAGGCCCAGAAUACCAGCGGUCAGUCACUAACAUUUGCUUUGCAACAGACAUCGAAUACUCCGCAAGACCAAGGGAAUGGAUCGACGACUGGGAAUCACAUAGUCUACGUAAAUCAGUUGAAUCAAUUAAAUCAGAGUACCAUAAAUCCCUCGGGGACUGGUAUGGGCCUACCCCCGGCCACCCCCACUUUUGGGGUGGGCCUUAAUAUGGGAUUGCCACUGUCACUUCUAAAUACCAGUCUUACAUCUCUCACCUCCAAUGUUAUCACCACGACGAAUCCUCUGCUGAAUUUGGGCUUGCCGAGCAUAAACACGGGGCUGGCGACGAUAAAUCCCAGCCUGAAUCAGUUGAACGCUAUCAAUUCCAACAUCGGUUCGAACAAUAUUAACAACGGCCUGUCCAACCUGGGACAGGAUUUGAGUAGCAUAAACGCUGGGAUAAGUACCGGGAUAAGCAACACGUUGAACUCGACUAAUAUCAAUUCCGGUUUGUCCGGGGUGAGCACCGGACUCUCCGGCGUGAGUCCAAAUCUGGCGAACCUGAGCUCCCCGAGUAUCAAUCAAAAUCUCACGACGCUGAACACGAAUUUGAGCGCCGCGAAUUCCGGCGUGUCGGGUUUGCCCGCUAUCAAUCCGAAUGCAAGUUUGACCAGCACCAGCAUUAAUUCCGGUUUAAAUCAGGGCCUCAGCCGGCCGGCGAACGCCCUGGCGACCGCCGGUCUGACGCCGACCACACUGAACUCCAGUAACACGCAGUUCCCAUUCCAAACGAUACAGAGCAUUCAGACUGUCGCACCGCACAUUGUCGGAUCAUCGAAUCUAGCGCAUGUACCGAGCUCCGCCAUAUCGCAGCAUCCCAACCCGAGCGCCUCGACGAUCUCGCAGAUCUCGAGCGCGGCCACUCUGACGAGCCCGAGCGUGUUCACCAGCACCCCCAGCGAGUCGAUCCAUACAACCACAGCGAAUGUGAACAAUCACGCUUCGAACGUGAAUCUCACCACGAACAUACCGCACCUCGCAACAAUGCACUCUAACUUGUCCAAUAUAUCGACGUCGAACGUGCAGCAUAUUAGCGCGCCGAACGAGACUACCAUGUCAUUGAGUCACGUUUCUUCUUUGAGUUCCUCCCAGUCGACGGGGUUUCAGCCGCAGCGACAGUAUCCACAGGGGAUUAACCCCGGCUUGAGCUCGUCGGUAACGCUAACCGGCACGACACAGCCGUCGAACGUGGUCAGUACCAUGAAUACCGUUAAGUCCAUGCAGAAUAUCCAGAGCCAGAACAUUAGUUCGCCGGGUAGCCCGUUCUCGAUGCCCCUCAAGAGCCCGGCGUCGAAUAUAGCGCCGCCCACGCCGAGCCCCAGCCCGAAUCGGCUGUUGCUCAGAAGCCCGGCGUCCAACUCCAUACAGUCGAAUAGGAACAGUCCGAGCCCGGUCGGGACGUCGACCUCGAACAAUAACUUUAACAUACAAAUGCAAAGUCCCAUGCAGAGCCCGAUGAGCCAAAUACAGAGCCCUGUACUUAGCCCGUAUCCCCCCGCUAAAAGUCCGCAUCUCUUGAGCGGGAAUAACUCUCUCAACAAUAGGAGCCCGGCACCCGGAGGUAGUCCUGGUCCACCUGUGGUUAGGCCUAAUACGCCCAUACUGCAACAAGGUAUGCAGGUGUUGCAAAUAAUUCAUGGUACACCGCAGGGUUACCAGUCGACUCCGACUCAAUUGGUGACCAGGCAUCUGUUCGGGAACCAGCAGAUACAAAUAGCGACGCCCCCGAAGACUGCCAAGCAACCGCAGCAGAUCUUGCCGAAACCGCCGAAUCAGCAGGUCGCCACUUCCCAGCAGAAACCACAGCGCACCACGACUACUAUCACUAAUCAGGUAACGCAGCAAACCCAGCCGCAACUGGUUCUCGCCGGGCCACAGCCAAGUCCUACCACGGCAACAAUGAUACCGACAGCACAGGGUCUGCUACUGAAUCAGGUGUUGCCGUCGACUGGACCUGUUAUUGUACAGCAGCAGCCAGGUGGCGUUCAGCUCAUACUAAGGACGCCGGCAAACGCCCAGCAACAAACACACACUACACAGCUGACGCAGCAGCAGUUAGUGAGGGUGGUCACAGCUCAGGGUAUGCAACUGCAGGGGCUUGCGCCCACAUUUUUCGCCGUGCCUAACGGAUUUCCCCCAGCUGCCUCCCCGGUGAUCAGACACACCCCGUCUAGUCCAGCGCCAUCCAAUUCAGGUACGGGCAGUUCCAUCGUGAUCCAGAAUGCGAUGGUGCCGAGCCCCCAGCCGCAGAUCUCGCAGGUCACGUCCGCCGGCAACGCCACGGGCAACGCCUCGUGCACGCAAACCGUCGUGGACCAGAGCCUGUUGCCGCCCCCGAAGAAGAAGGCGAAGAAGAAGAAGAAGGCUAAGCGGAAAGACGACGAGCCGCCCAAGUUGGAUCUUGCCAGUAUUAUGAAGAUAUCCGGUAUCGGGGACGACGAUGAUAUUUUUGAUACUGACCUGACGGCCGAAGCGGAGGUACCUUGUCAAACCCCGCAGAGCGAGUCGAACGCCGUGAUAUCCCUGGGCCAGCUGCCGUCCCAAGGGACGGUCCCCGCUAGCUCCACUCAGAGUCUAACCCAAGUACCUGCAUCGAAUACAACGAACACCACGCAAGCAGCCUCCGUGUCGCAGGCGUUCAACAGUCAGCUGGUCGCCCAGCUGCAAAUGCCCGUGCAGAACACGAUCUCGGGGCACCUGCGACUGUCGGUCGGCGAGGACGGCAAGGUGGUGCUGCAUCACACCCCGGAGCCGAAUCAACCCGAGAUGGACCAGGCGACCGCGCAGGCCCUCAUACGAUCUCUCACCCAGGGCGGCGGGCAGAACUCGCAGAUCAUCUCGCAGCUCUUCGGGCAGACGUCCACCACCGCGCCGCCGCAGUCCACGCAGAGCGCCGGCCCGCAGCGGCAGAAGUACGCCAAGUCGUCCACCAACACCGUCAGCUCCACGUGCUCGCAGAACGUCACUUGCGCCACUAGUCCGCAUCACGGCCAGAUAUGCUCGAAGCCGAUCAAUCAGCAGCAGCAGAAGAGCACGGGUGUUCCGCAGGAGACGGCCAACUCGUUACCGGGCAUCUGCGUGCAGAACAAUCUCGGUUCCCUGGAGAUCCAGACGUCGAAGGGCAAUGUGCCGAGCCUGAUGCAGGGCAAGAACAUCCAGUCGUUGAACGCCUCGAUGACCGUCUCGGACGUGAUGUCGUCCGUGAAGCCGUCGCCCGGCGCCGCCACGUUCGCCAUUCAAGGCCCCCGGAUGGCCAGUGUGAGCCAAGCGAGCUCCAAUCAGGCCAAUUCCAACGUCUCUCUGCAGAAGUCUAGUCAGGUGCGACUCACGAACGCUUGCAUCACCACGAACGUGCGGCAGACACCGCUGGGCAACAAGCAGUCGCAGCAGCACGCUCACGUGCAGAAGACGCUGCCCUCCGUGGUCAGCUCGACGACGAUGCAGACCGAUCACAUGUCGAAGGUAAAUCAGAAUCUCCAGCAGACGGGCCAGCAGGAGAGCAUGACCGCGCUGCAGCAGGACUCGCCGAUGUUCGCCCAGCACAAUCAGCAGCAGAUCACCGCGCAGACCGUGCAGACACAGAACGUGCAGCAGAUCUUCGAGCAGAACCUGCAGAGCUCCGGCUCGAACAUCCAUCACAAUUCCAUGAACAUGCUGCAGCAGCAGCAGACCUCCUGCAACACCCUGCAGCACGACACCAUGAACGUGCUGCAGCACUCGAGCAUCCAGCAGAACACGAUCAACGUGCUGCAGCAGAACACGGCCGGCGGCGGCGUGUCGGGCAUCGAGCCGAGCCUGCAGUCGGGCAUCGGCGACAUGGUCGGCCACGCGCCGCAGAACGUCAUGACCAGCCUGCAGCAACAACAGCAGAACACGUCGGCCGUUCUGCACAACGCGCAGCAGCAGAAGGUAGUGUCGGCCAACACCUUCUCCUCCGUGAACGCGCAUCACUUCGAGUCGCAGAACAACUCGCAGGCUGCCAACAUGGUGCAGCAGGGUACCAACACGCCGCCGAAUCAGAACAUACUGAUCACGACCGGGCCGACGUCCAACAGCGCGAGCCAGCAGCCGAACGAAUCUCAGAAGGCGGAGACGGCAGGCGGCGCGAGCAUGCUGAACUCGGCGGCGAAUAAUAUACUGAACAACGCGCCCAAGAUCUCGCCGGAGAUUCUCAACGCGCUCAGCAACCUGAACCCCAACGAUCAGCUGCUGAUCGCAAACGCGAACGGGCAGAUGCAGGUGAUCAGCCAGCAGCUGCUGCAGCAGUUCUUGGCCGGCCAGCUGAAUCAGUCGAGCCAGACGCCGAGUCAGAAUCAGACGCAGAAGAUCGUGAUCGGCGAGCCGGACGCGAGCAACCAGAAUCUGCAGGGCGUCCAGAUCAACACCCCGACCAGCCAGAUUAUCGUCAACAGUUCCGGCGGCGCCCCGACGAUCCAGAACAACAUCCAGAACAUCGUGGUGCAGGCCGCGCCGUCGCAGAUGCCGCAUCACAUACAGAUACAAAAUUCUAGCUUCCCUAGUCAAUUCAUUGACAACCUGAAUCAGCAACAAAUUAGGAACUUAGGUAACAGUAAUCAACCAAAGAAAACGAAGGUCGUGAAGAGGAAGGUCGCCACCAGCACUCAGAGCGUCGCGUCCCAAGCGUCGAAGACGGUCACGGUUACCCGGCCAACGAUGGGCACCAGUGCGUCCAAUCUUCAGAAGAUCGACCAUCUGAACAAGCCUAACAUCGCGGUGUCGUCGCAGAGUAGUACAAAUCCUGUGAAGAGCGAGUCAGCUCAGAUCAUUUCCAAUGGUCCCCUGGUCACAUCAGCCGCCGGUGGUCACGUGUCGGUGCCUUCGAACGGACAAAUGGUACAAAGAGUGCAGACUAUUCAGCUGCCCGCUCAGAAGCAGCAGAUGCUGAAGAACAUUCAGCUGCAGAUCCAAGCCCUGCAGUCGCGCAAGUCCAGCGGCGGUCAGUGCGAUCCGGCGGUGCUGUCGAAGCUGUACGAGGAGCAGACCAAGAUAAUAGCCAGCGGGAAGGUCCUCAGCACCACCACGCAUUCUGUCAACAGAGCUUCUGAGACGAGUUUCAAUGUAAACGCGGCCUCGACCGUCGCGUCGGGCGUGCACCUGCAAAAUUCAUUUAAGAACCAAACGUCGGCAGUGCAAACUCAGACUCAGACUACCGCUGCUGCUAUACCGGUCACGUCUCAGAGUCUGAAUCCCGCUGCGGUGUCGGUACCGAGUAACUUGAAUCACAGUUACACUAACAAUAACAUCACGUCGCGUGCAUUACAGGUGCCGCCGAGCGCGGCAGGGCAGCCGGCCAUGAUGAACACGGCGACGCAGAGCAUACACCAGACGCACACUAAGCAGCAGCAUCAGCAGCAGCAGCAACAGCCGCACAAGUUCUACCAGAACCACGGAAAUCAAAUAUUGAAUCCGUCCUCCGCGACAAACAUGCAGAUAUUCUCGCCGCCGAUCUCCGCGACAGCGGCCCCGCAGCUACAGAGCAACGCACAGCAGCAGCAACAGUUGGCGUCGUCGGUGCAGACGCAGCAGCCGACGGGCCUGCAGCAACAGUCCACGCAGUGCCAGACCGACCCGUUGGACAUCAAAGCCAGCAUGCAGGCUACACCUAGUCCCGCGAAACAGGAGCUCCCGUCGCCCAUUCAGGUCCAGGUGCAGACCAGCUCGCCCGCGAGUCAGGUAACCUCGCCCAGAAUGAUGAGCAAGGGGACGCAGCAGAGGAUCCAGAGCCCGGUGAACACCGGCGGGAACGCGACGAAGCAGCUCGUCAGUCCCAGCAGCAGCCCCCUGAUAAGCCCGAGGCAGGGCGUAAAGCGACCGGCGACUAGUCCGAUUUGCAAUAGGCAAUUGAAUCGCGGCGACUUGAUGGAUCAGCAGCUGAAGAUGGAUCAAAAUGGCGCGACGAAUCCCGACAUGAACACACCGUUCUUAAGUAAGGGCGACGCCUGCAAGCGUUUGGUAAGGUAUCAUUGUAUGAACGAGCAGGUACUCAGCCGCAAGGACCUGGAUUACGCGGACGAGAUAUUCGAGGAGACCGCCAAGCACUUGCUGAGCAAAUUCAACGCCAUGAUGAAUAAAUACACGUAUCUCCUGCUGAUGGAAAGCACGCGUGAGGUGAAGACAUCGGAACUAAUGAUGAUCGACAGGACAUUCGUAGCGGAAGAGCAAAAUAUCCUCAACAGGUUACGAGAGCAAGAAGCGAAAGUUAAUGAAGAGUUUAAGAAGGAAGAGAAGCCGUUGGUGCCAAAAGUCGAGCCCGGCCUCAUGGAGGAGGACCGAUUAGCGACGUCACCGCCUUUGGUGAGCGUCUCUGUGAAGCGCGAGCUGGAGGACGACUUCCCGAGCGACGAGAUGGAAUGCAAGCCGUCGAUCAAGACGUCGAGCAGCACCAGCGGCGAUUACGACGAGUGGCUGGAGAUCCAGAAGGAACUGGGCGUGUACCCGUCCACCGCGGACACGUUGAAGUGUAAAAACGGUAAUAACAGCGGUGCCGGUAAUAACAGUGGUGCGGUGGUGGCCGGCGCGAAGUCGUCCAAGAUCGAGAGAACACGAGCGAACGGCGAGUGCCGCGGCAGUGUCGCUAACGCGAGUGUCGUGACCGGGGCCGCCUCGAACGCGGUGAUGAAGGACAGCUGCGAGCAGCCGGAGUCCGCUCCGAGCUUCGAGAAGCGUUGGAGCAGCGCGACCGAUCUCGAGCGGGACCUCUUGGAGGACACCGACAGCUUGGACGGGCUGGCUCUGCAUUCGCAGACGCAGUGUCCGGGCACCGUUCACGCGAGCAACGACAGCAGCGGGAACGCCGGCAACGAGCACGACGACAUCACCGCGCAAGUGCAGUCCGCUAUCGACAGCAUCCUUAAUCUUAAGAAACGUCCCGCGAACACGCUGUCCGGCGGCGGCGGCAACAGUAGCAGCGGCGCCGGCGCCGGCGGCAACGCGUCGCAGCCCGGUGACUCGAAGGACACUGCACUGGACCAGGCGGUUCGCAGCAUCUUAGGCUCGUGACCCUCCUUUAGUAAAGUAUGUUAAGCAGUGAGAGAGAGAGAGAGAGAGAGAGGGAGAGAGAGAGUUAGUAGUUAGUAUCAUCACAGUGACUGUGCGUACCCGGUGCGUUUUAUCGAAGACGUUCUUUUCCCUUCAGAAGGAAACCGAAGUCGAAUUGUUUCUUUCUGUGGUCUUUUUUUCUUUUUUUUAUUCUAUGUGAAUAUCGCGGACCCGCGUCACGGGGUAUGAACUGUGUGUGUCUUUUAUUUUCGUAUCGAUGAUGCGGUCAAGUCUUCGGCGAUACAUAUCUCAAAGAGCACACAGCAUUGUUACUAAAUUAUUUAUGUAGAUUAUGCGCGAUCAUAUGAUUUUAUUUAUAUAUACAUGUACACACACACACACACA